AACAACUCUUACCAAAGGUAACAAUAAAAAAUUGCAGACGUGGUAAGUUCUUUAGUUCAUUUGAUUAUAUGACACGGGGAGAUAUGUGCUAAUUUGAAGAACCAAACAGCUAUUGAGCCAUUAGUUAGGGACUAAUAUGGUUACCAGAAACAGUUAAGAUAACAGGGACAGAACCAAAAACAGAAGUUUCCUCGCCAUCACAACAAGGUCUCAGCUUGGUUGUGCUGCUAUGCUGGUUCUUCUGCAUGUCUCUCUCUUUGCAUAUGCAUAUGUGCUUAUCCAAUAGAAUAUUAGCCCGAUUUGGCGACUUUUAUUGUUCAAUGAAUUGUUGAUGAAGUUAGUAGUUAAAAAUGCAUACAAGCUGUUUACUAAAUUUCCAAAGAGAAAUUACUCGUCGCGAAUUUCAUUGAACAUGCGCGAAAGCUCCUUUUUUUUGCACCCACUUAAGUUUGCUGGAAAACAAAAUGUGAGAUCAUGGACGUCAAAAAUAUCCAGUUUGGUGAGGGAAAACCAAUCCAUCGAAGCCAUCUACUUGUUCAAAACAAUGCUAAGAAAUGAACACAAACCCAAUUACGUGACAGUUUUAAGCAUUAUAAGAGCUGUCGAAAAAUGGGAGCCUAUGGUCAAAGGAAUUCACGGGUUCACAAUCAAAAUGGGAUUUGAAUUGGAACUGCCCGUUGUGACGGCUCUUGUUGGUGUUAACUCUAUUUGGGAUAUGGAUACCGCAUGGAAAUUAUUUGAUCACACAAGAGGCAAAGAUGUAAUUUUGUGGAGUGCAAUGGUUUCAGCUUGUGUCAAGAGUGGAGAGUACGUAGAGGCUGUUGAGCUUUUCAGGAAAAUGCUAUCCUUUGGUGUGGAACCAAAUUAUGUUAGCAUUGUGGGGAUUGUCCCUGCUUGUGCCAAUCUUGGUGCUUUGAAAGUUGGAAAAGAAAUUCAUGCUUAUUCAAUAAAAAGUUUGUUUAUUUCUCAUGUUAAUAUCCAAAAUUCCCUUGUGGAUAUGUAUGCUAAAUGUGGGAGUUUGAAGCCUUCCCUAACUGUUUUUCACGGAAUAGAGAAGAAGGAUCUUGUUUCAUGGAGGACUAUGAUUCAUGGAUGUGUAGAAAACGACAGUUUCAGUGAAUCUUUGAGUUUAUUCUCUGAAAUGAGAUAUUGUUGCUAUGAGCCAGAUGAGAGUGUUAUUCGCGAAGUAAUUGGAGCAUUGUCACAAUUGGAUGAGAUUAAAAUUGGGCAGUGUUUUCACAGCCUCGUGCUCAAGCAGGGAUAUUCGAGAUCUGUUUCGGUAGUAACUGCUCUUCUUCACAUGUAUGGUGGUUUUGGUGAUAUUGAGUCGGCCAGGAGUCUGUUUGAUCACCUGAAACCAAAAGAUCUUAUUGCCUGGAGUACGAUGAUUGCAGCAUAUGCCCAAAGCGAACUGCCUAGUAAUGCUUUUGAUAUAUAUCAGCAGAUGCGAUCAGCAAAUGAGAAGCCUAACGAGAUCAUCUAUGUCAGCCUAUUACGUGCUUGUUCUUCGAUGGCUGCUGAAGAGAUUGGAGAAGGUAUACACGCACAAGUGGUAAAAAUUGGAAAUACAUCAAAUGCCUUUUUGAUAUCCUCACUUAUUGACAUGUAUUGCAAAUUUGGACGCAUAAGCCAAGGGGAGGCAAUUUUCAGUGAAUGUCCUAGCAAAGAUCUUAUUUGUUGGAGCUCAAUGAUCAAUGGCUAUGGAAUUAAUGGGCAUGGAAAUGAGGCUCUUCAGUGUUUCUUAGACAUGUUAAACACUGGGAUUAAACCAAAUGAUGUUGUUUUCAUUUCUGCUCUAUCUGCCUGCAGUCAUUGUGGUCUUGAAUAUGAGGCAUGGAACUGGUUUUAUGCAAUGGAAGAGAGAUUCAGUGUUACACCAAAACUUGCACAUUAUGCGUGCAUGGUUGAUAUGCUUAGUCGUCAAGGCAAUGUAGAAGAAGCUCUUGAAUUCGUCAACAACAUGCCUGUUGAACCUGAUAAGCGGAUAUGGGGAACUCUGCUUGCUGGCUGUAGAAAAACUUGCAUAUCAAUUGAAAUAUGUGAGAUCGUUGCCAAAAGGCUCAUUGCUUUAGACCCAGAAAAUACAAGCUCUUUUGUGAUUCUGUCUAACUUAUACGCAGAGCAGGGAAGAUGGAAAGAGGUAGAACAGUUGAGGCAACUCAUGGAUGAGAAGAAUUUGAAGAAAGACUUCGGUUAUAGCUUAAUUGAAACCAGUCUGUAGAAAGGUGCAAUGGCAAGAUCUCUGACUUGAUGUUGCGUCCAAGGAUUGAUUGCUUUGGCUUCAUAGCAACUGCCAAGACAUAAAGGCUUCUGAAUAGUGAUGACAGUCAGUAUUGAAGUCGAAUAGGAGCUUCUCUCACAGAUUCUCAGGUCUAAAAACUGGCCUCAUAGAAAUACAGCAUUAUAGGAUUUGAAAUGCCACUUUGGAAAAAGAGAGCACAAGUGAGCCAUCCUAUCCCAAAGGUUCCCCACAGAUUGAAUUGUGAAUUGCACAUCAAGGUGGAAUGCCUUCUUGCUACUAACGUGUUAUUUCCCUUUGCAAGAGUUUAAGCUGAACCAUACAAAUAUAUUUUAAUUG